CGACUCUUCAGAAACCCAAAUUAACGACUCUUCAGAAACAUGUCCUACGGCGAAAAACUAGCCGUUAGGCACAACUAAAACAAAAGACACUGAUACAUACCCAUCCCAUUCUAUUACUAUACGUACUCUGUCUCCUCCCCAACCUCUCUCUACCCCAAGAUUCCCUCACUUUCUCUCUCCUCACUGUGAUUCUCACAUGAGAUCUCUCUCUAUCUCUCUCUUAUUUAUCUGGAGGUUACUCUCCAACCAUAUAUUUUGUGUACUGAACUUGCAGUGAUAGAAAAGCGAACAGAAAAAAGAGGAGGAAGAGUGAUCUCAAGUUCCAUUCUUCCUCAAUCCUCUGUUUCUAUAUUUCUUCACUCCUUCAGUGUUUACAAUAGUGUCAGCUCAUGAAUCAAUCACAUAAAUACCCAUUUCAGUUUAUGCUUCUUAUUUCACAUGGAAUCGGUCAUCCAUGCCGGAUUUCAAGUGACAAGAAAGAAAAAUGGAAGAAUCAUUCAUAUAAUCACCUCUUCUUGUUUGUUUUUGUAUUGGGUUUCGUCUUUCAAUUUGCUUCAGCUGCUCAUCAAUUGGAUGGGGUGCUUGUGACCCAGGCAGAUUAUCAAGCACUCAGAGCAUUCAAACAAGAUUUGGUCGAUUUCAGAGGAGUGUUGAGGAGCUGGAAUGACAGUGGUAAUGGAGCUUGUUCUGGUGGUUGGGUUGGGAUCAAGUGUGUGCAGGGGCAAGUCAUUGCUAUCCAGCUUCCAUGGAAGGGAUUGGGCGGCCGAGUCACCGAAAAGAUCGGCCAGCUUCAAGCUCUUCGAAGGCUGAGCCUCCACGACAACGCUCUUGCCGGAGCUGUACCUACCUCUCUCGGGUUCCUCCACAAUCUCAGAGGGGUUUAUCUGUUCAACAACAGGCUUUCAGGUUCAAUUCCUCCAACAAUUGGGAAUUGUCCUAGUCUUCAGACUCUUGAUGUCAGUAACAAUCAGCUCACUGGGACAAUUCCUCCUAGUCUUGCGAACUCAACAAGGUUGUAUAGACUCAACUUGAGCUACAAUGCAAUUUCAGGUUCUAUCCCUGUAAGUCUCACUCUGUCCCCUUCUCUCACUCUACUUGCUCUCCAACACAACAAUUUGUCUGCUUCAAUUCCUGAUACUUGGGGUAGAGGAGUAAACAAGUCCUAUCAACUCCAAACACUGACCCUUGAUCAUAAUCUUUUCUCUGGAACAAUUCCAAUCUCUUUGGGCAAGUUGAGCAUGCUUGAAGUGGUUUCCUUGAGUCAUAACCAGAUUGAUGGGACUAUACCCAAUGAACUAGGAACUCUCAGGAUGCUCCAAAUGCUAGAUUUGUCCAAUAAUGCUAUCAAUGGAAGCUUUCCUGCUACUUUUUCCAAACUCUCCUCCCUUGUUUCAUUGAAUCUAGAAGGCAAUCGCCUUGGUGACCAAAUCCCAGAAACCAUUGACAGAUUACAGAAUCUGUCAGUGCUUAACCUGAAGAACAACCACUUCAAGGGCCAUGUUCCAGAUCAAAUUGGGAACAUAUCAACCAUUUCCUAUCUCGAUUUAUCGAUUAACAAUUUUACAGAGGAAAUUCCGACUUCACUUGCCAAUUUACCCAAUCUCACUUACUUCAAUGCUUCCUACAAUAAUCUUUCUGGUGCCGUUCCAUCUCCCCUUUCCAGGAAAUUCAAUUCAAGCUCCUUUGUAGGGAAUCUUCAACUAUGUGGCUACGGUGGAAGUCCAUGUCCUCCCCCACCUCAAAUUCCUCCAUCUCCAUCACCCGAGGCUUCAAAACGUGACCACCACAAACUGAGUACCAAGGACAUAAUUCUCAUAGCAGCUGGAUCUCUCCUUGUAGUUCUUUUCCUACUCUGCUGCGUCCUGCUCUGUUGUCUCAUAAGGAAAAGAGCUGCUUCAAAAGCGAAGAAUGGUAAAACUGCAGGCACUGGUGCUGCCGGGAGAGGGGAGAAGGCAAUUCCUGCAGCUGGGGCUGAAGUCGAAUCAGGGGGUGAAGCCGGUGGCAAGUUAGUCCAUUUUGAUGGUCCAUUUGUGUUUACAGCAGAUGAUUUGUUGUGUGCUACUGCGGAGAUAAUGGGCAAGAGCACUUAUGGGACGGCAUACAAGGCAACCUUGGAGGAUGGUAACAACGUUGCAGUGAAGAGGUUGAGGGAGAAGAUUGCGAAGCCCCAAAAAGAAUUUGAAGCUGAGGUUGCUGCUCUUGGGAAGAUUCGACAUCCGAACAUCUUAGCCCUCAGAGCCUAUUACUUGGGACCCAAAGGAGAGAAACUCCUUGUCUUUGAUUAUAUGCCUAAUGGGAGUCUUGCAUCCUUCCUUCAUGCUAGAGGGCCUGAAAUCACCAUAUCUUGGCCAACAAGGAUGAUUGUAGCCAUGGGUAUCACAAAAGGCCUGUGCUUCCUUCACACCCAAGAGAAUAUGAUACAUGGGAAUCUCACAUCAAGCAAUGUACUACUCGACGAGCAAAUCAAUGCCAAGAUUGCAGAUGUUGGCCUCUCCAGGCUCAUGACCAGUGCUGCCAAUACAAAUGUGAUUGCCACUGCAGGCACACUAGGCUACCGGGCACCAGAGCUCUCAAAGCUCAAGAAUGCCACCACGAAGACCGAUGUUUACAGCCUUGGGGUGAUAUUGCUCGAACUCCUAACAGGGAAAUCUCCUAGUGAGGCAACGGAUGGCGUUGAUUUGCCCCAGUGGGUGGCUUCAAUUGUAAAAGAGGAGUGGACUAAUGAAGUGUUUGAUGUGGAGAUAAUGGGGGAUGCGUCCAACACAGGCGAUGAAUUGCUCAAUACAUUGAAGUUAGCUCUGCAUUGUGUCGACCCCUCACCUGCAGCCCGGCCAGAAGCUCAGCAAGUUCUCCAACAAUUGGAAGAGAUUAAGCCGGAGCUGGCUGCAGCUGCCGGUUCUGGUGAUGAUGGUGCCAAAGACCCAUCAAAAAGCGAAUAAAAACAAUCCUCUUAUGAUUCCAUUUCUCAUUAGUUUGUUAUUGAAAUUCCUAUUUAUUCUUAAAGAUACAAAUCAUAAUAGCUGGUUCUUUAUUUGUUAAUGUAUAUAAGCCUAUGCAAGUUCAAUUCAUCUGGUUUCUUCAGUCUAUGUUGUAAUAGAUUCUAUAUUCAUCUUCCUAUUAACAUAAUAAAAGAAUUGUUUGUUUUAUUUAUGAA